AUGGGCAGCUACACGUUCAAGUGGGAAAAUCCUACUGACGACGUAUCUGACAUCCUUGUUACUGGUUCCUUCGAUGGAUGGACUAAGUCGGUAAAGCUCGACAAGCAAGGGAACACCUUUCAAAAAACAGUCGAUUUCGCAGAAAAAGAUGCCUCCAGCAAGAUCUACUACAAGUUUGUCGUCGAUAAUAAUUGGACCAUCAACGAGUCCUACCCGCACGAAGCUGACCACGAGGGCAACGUCAACAACUUCUUAACCCCCGACGACCUCACCAAAUCUAAAUCGGUGCCUGCUCUCGCCGCAGCGCCAUUCAUCAACACCGUUACCCCCGAAUCCACCACCGUCGCCGAAAUGGGCAAGAAGAACAACAAGAAGAACAAGGCCGCCAACAAGCCUGCUGCCGCUGCAGCUCCCGCUGAGGCUCAGCCAGACACCACCGUUGCCGAGGCGGCCCCCGCCACUGAUGCUCCUGUCGCCGCUGCCGUUGAGUCUGCAGCUCCCGAAGUCAAUGAGUCUGCGGAAGCUACUGCGACUCCAUCCGACGUCCCCGGAGGCUUCCCCGUCACUCCCUCUAACGAGGCUGCCGACUUGGAGGACAAGACUGUCAGCGUCAACCCUCUACCUGCUACCGCUGGCACUGGCAAUCCCAUCAAGCUCGCACCUGGUGAGAAGAUCCCAGAUUCCAUUACUUCUCAGAAUGUAAACGAGCACGUCAAGCUCGACAAGGAGUCAUACGAGAAGAGCGACGCUCUUCCCACUGCCCCUGCUCUGAGCACCGAAGUUCCCCCGGUCUCUGGCACCAUGAUUCCCGAGUCCAGCCUGCCUAUGGGUGACAAGACUGACGUUACCAACCCUACCAUUAACUCUGUCGGUGCUGGUUCUACCACUGCCGCCCUCGCUGGUCAGGUUCCUCUGGAGUCCAAGGUCCCCGAGGUAGUCAAGGAAAGCCAGGAGAAGGCUAGCGUCGCCCCAGAGGCUUCUGCAGUCCCCGAAGAGGUCAAGGAGAAGGCGGAAGUUGAGAAGGAGAUUAAGGACAAGGUUCCUGAGGCUCCUGCUACUUCUGUUGGCACCGCCGGCGUCGGCACCGAGAAGAAGGAGAACACUGGCACCGUAUUGGGCGCUGCUGCCGCUACCGGUGGCGCUGCCGUCGCCGCAGCUGUUGCAGCUGUCACCAAAUUUUCCGAGGAUGCCACUCCUGCUGUGAACGAUGCCAAGAAUGCCACAGCCGAGACUGUCAACAAGAACCUUCCCGAGACUGUCAAGGACAAGCUGCCUGAGUCUGCAAAGACUGCCCUCGCUACCGACAAGCAGGCCAGCCCUCUGGAGAAGGUCUCCCCUGAGGUCCCCAAGGAAGUCAAGGAGUCCAUUGCCGAGGCUAAGAAGAGCCCCGAGGCUGCCGCAAGCACCUCUGCCGUUGAGGAGAAGAAGGAAGUCGAGAGCGAGUUGCUCAGUGAAGUCAAGAAAGCUCCUGCUGUUGACGAGCCCGCGAAGGCUGAGACCAAGGCCACCGAAGCUGCGCCUGUCGCGGCUACCACUGAGACCACCGAGCCCUCAACUACCACCCCUGCUGCCAACGGUGCAACAGGUGCCGAGACCAAGGCCAGUGAGCCUGCGACUUCCACCGCCGCUGCCAAUGGCAAUGGCACUGAGACCAAGCCUGCCGAGGGUGGUGCCGCUCACGAGAAGAAGAAGAGCCGCCUGAGCGUCAUGUUCAGCAAGCUCAAGAGCAAGUUGAAAUAA